GUACAUUCUGUGAGCCCCAAUGGGCGUCGUAACAAACGAAACCUGGAUUUGAUUCAUAUCUUCUAGAAAGAAUUUCUUUCUCUGAAUGUUUCCUAACUCUUAGCACGACAGAAAGAUAUGCGUAUUAAAAGCUCGAGAACCAAAGAAACCUUUUAACAAUAUAUAAUGCUCAUGUGUGGUAACUAUCUUUUGUUUUCCAACGUAACUUUCAGAAAUCGGCUCGAAUUUAUAGAUACGGCCUACGUUUCGUUAAGAACAAUGUUAAUUUUUCAGUCGUAACUUUGCUCAUCACUUUCAAAUGUGUUAAUAAUUUGGGUGCGAACUUUUUCUUUAGUUCGACAAUUACAAUUUUUGUUUGUUCACCUGCUAAUGCUGCUUGGGCGUUAAAAAUCUCUAGAGUCUAGAUGUAGAAUGGGCUAAUUGAAGACCACCUCGGUUGUACCAUGCAUGGCCUUCCUUUGGUAUCUUCAUAUUUAAAAACUGUUAGUAAUUUCAAUGCAAUUAUACUUGCAUAACUGGGCUAAUAACUAUCCUUAGGACGAAGCAUUAGCUGACAGAGCUGGCGCAUACAGUCAUUGUCCAUUACAAGUCGUCUGAGUAGGCGUAAUUAAUGCUAAUCAUCAUGCAAGUAUGUCGCCUACGCGGCCAGUAUCGGUAAAAUCAACUGAGAUCAUGGGUCCGUUAAUCCAUUCGGGAGAUCGAUUUCCCACUGUUGCUCAAUGCCAUACUUAAUGCAUUGGAUACAUCGAAUUCCCAUUUGUUAGCAGCCCGCUCGGUUUACUACAUUUUUUUGUUUGCUUGUUUCGGUUGGGAUAUUUUCAGAUAGUGUUUUAGUAACGAACUUUAACAGUAACAAAAGUAAAAAUAGCUCCAUUAUGAAAAAAAUCGUUUUAAUGAUACCAGCCAUAGCUAGCCCUUAUAAUAUAAAAUUAUCGCAUAGUUGAAAUAAUGGACUAAUCCCAAGGAGCCGGACGGGCGGCUGUGCAAUGGACAAGUUAGUAACGGACCAAGACAACACAAUGGCAGUGUAACGGAAAAAAAAAGCAGGACAAACGAAAAAGACGUUAGUCGUCGUUAAGCAGAAGGAGCAAGCUCUUAGAAUAGACUUUUCCGCCGUACCCCAUAGACGUAGGCGCAGAAAGGGCCGCAUGUCGAACCAGCAACAAAGGAUUUGAUGACGACCAUUGUGAUGGUGACAAAGUGGACUAGAACCGAAGACAAGGGACAGCUGAGAGCAAUCUCACGCAGCGUGGGCAAUGCCAUCGACGCGUUGUCUGGUUUGAAAAUGCUGUUGCUCCGUGUCCCCACCAGGUCAACAUAUUGGGUAACUUUGGUGCUGCUCGUGGCUAUCGCUGUCUAUCUUCAAUCAGGACAAGCAGAUGUUUCUCACAUCCAACACAAAAUUCGGUUAAAAAAAUUGGCGAAAUUGGCGCUAGCUGCUAAAUUUAUUACGCACACUAUUAUACCUAUUCCAAUUCCUCUUCCGAUUAUCAAGCGUCAUAAACAUAAACAGGAGCAAUAUAAGGCUACAGAGUUAGAGGCCGUUCCGUGGAAGGGCGACUGGAAUUACGGUGAAGGUAGGGGUGGUCCUGGAGGAUGGGAACUCGGAGACGCGGGAGUGGUAGGUGGUUGGGAAGGAAGACAAAUUAGGGCGGAAUGGAACCACGGUGGCUUUGGAAGAUGGAGUCCUUAUAUAGAUGGACACCUCAAAAAGGUCGAAAUAAAAGAAGCUGCGCCGUUCCAAGCAGGUCAUGCAGGCGGGCAUAAAGUAACUGUGAAACAAAUCGUACACAACGCUGGUGGUAAUAACUGGAUAACUGAUGGCGGUCACAUGGCGUCUGUAGGAUACGAUAGCUAUAAUCCACGCCAGAUUGAAGUGCAGGAGGAAAUUUUACCUGCCUUAAAGGUAGCCGGAUUUGUAAAGGGAUCUGAUGGAGAGUUGACUAAGGUGGUGGAAAAUGAUGCUCAAACCAAUGACGGAUGGGCAGGUUUCCAAGGAAGUUGGCCGUCUCAAGGCCGAGAAGUUUCUGGAGCAAGAUUGCAAAUCCAUGGAUGGCGUUCGAAAAUGAAGAGUGAAGAGCUCAAGACUACUCAAACUGCAGAGGUAUUAGAAACGAAAGAAGUAGGCUACGCGAAGAUUAUGCAUGCCAGUCCAUUCGACGUUGAAAGUGCUAAACUUGGAGGAUUUGAUGUAAGUGACGUUCCAGUGCAGGCCAUGCGGGCUCCACCUGUUAAAACUUCAGCGGAAAUAAUGCCUUGGCCAACUAAGGUCGUCUCUUCACAUAUGGAAACAGAUUAUGCUAAUAAUAAGGCUUAUAGUUCUAGUGAUCACGAAGCAACCGAUGAUACUCACCUUGAAGCCGCUGUGGAUCAUUUAAAUCUUGGAGAUGCGCACAUACUCUCAUUGAGAAAUCACCUCAACACCGAGCCGUCUGAUUUGCACCGGAAUUACGGAAUUCAUCAGAAUCUCCACCCGACAGAGGUUGCACAUCAUAAAAGUAGUGCUCACAAUGAAAAUUCUUACAACGAGGCCUUCAUUAAAGACGACGAAAAGGGGCAUCAGGACGGUGAUGACAGUCACCUCCACAUUGGUUUCAUAGCGGGAAUUCCCUAUACUGAACCAAAAACCCUACAUCGUCCACAGGCUACAGGACACGGUGUAACUAUGCAAACUAAUGACUGGAAUCCUACCGCCUUAAGUCAAGACAGCAAACGGCAAAUAUCAAUAGAACAUGACAAUAAUAAGAAUGAUUACCGUAAAGACACUGAGGAUGAAGGAAAGCAGGAAGAUGCUGAAAAAUGGCUGGAUGCCCAUUGACGCUGACGCCGAAGCCGCUAACUGAGUGAGCAUUUCUGCUCAAAACUUGCUUCUGCUAAUUCAAACUGAUUGCAGCGUAUCUACAGCUGUUGAAUCUCAUGGCAUUUUGCACUGCAAUUGGAGGAACCCAAGUCAGUUCCUCUAAUUAAGACAUUCGUCAUAAGCUGACUAGUGUUUUUGAGUAUUUUGUGUAUAUUAGCAUGUGCGGUAGUAUUUUAUGACUGUUGCUAGAAUAACGCGGCAUCUAUGGAGGGACUUUUGCAAGUCAUUACUGCUCAUUGAAACAACAAAUAGUCAAGUUUUGACAUGAAAUAAUAACACUAGUUAAUUCUGCGCCAAAAAUUUAAGGCAAUUAAAAUUCGGGAUGAAGCUGCAGCGAAAAGAGUAUAGGUGGUCUGGGUAGUUGCAGUUGCAUUAUACAAUAGAAAUAUACUGGACCUUGGCUUGUAGGCAAUGACUAGCUUAACGAUAAUCUACUGUAUGAAGUCUCUCGAAUUUACAAUUGAUCACCCAGUCAGCUAAAACAAGCAACUGAUAUCGAUAUCGCGAAUCGUCGAAGAAUAACCGCUCAUAAACACCUAUUGACAGCUAACACCUAAAUGCUGUUCGUGCAUCGUAGGGUUGUGAGCGGAUCCCUGUGUAUCGAAUGCGUCUGUUUCCGUUGCUCCCAUGAAAUCACCGUAGUACAUGAAUGGAACAAAAUUUCAUAUUGUCUUUGCCACUAUUUCACUAUUUCAGGAUCACGAUCACAGGAAGUAUGUAGUCGAUCUCUGCAUAUUGGGCUCUUCAGUAAUUGGUUUAUAAUAAUGCAUUUAAGCUCCGAGCGUGACCCAAACGACCCUCGCAAAGAUAAUACUUCAUAAUCGUGUUAUGGCAUAUCGGUAUUACGCACUCUAUUGGCAAAGAAAAGCAAUCAGAAAGGAGCGGAAAUCUGGAGAUUGCCGCUCCUUUUUAACUCUAUCUGUAGGAGACAUUGUGUGUAACUGGAGCGUAUGUUCCGCGUAAUACUAUGCUGACAGCGAAAGUGACGGUACUUUUCCCUUAAGUUACUUUACGGCCCCUUGAACCCUGAAAUGGUUGACAAACUUUAAGAAAACUUUUUGUCAUAAAGAAUCAUUUCCUUCUCACGGACCUUCUGUUUGCUUUUCGGCACAAGAAGCACGAUCGUUGUAAGAUCGAUAUAACGUAUCAGAAGAACAUAGAAUCACUUGUCGUAUGCACCAUAUUUCAUUUCAGGUGUUAUAAUGUUCGUAUGUGGAAAAUCUUUUCUAUCGAUACCUUCACGAAUAAUAAUACAUCGAGUGGUCAAUUUUCGUUAUGAAGUACGAUGCUAAGCUAAUCCGUUCUUGUUGACCAAGCUGGCAGGAUUAUCAAUAAAAUCAAUGAAAAAUGUAAUUCGUGUGUUAAAUAAAAUGCGUAUUUACUUAUAUAGAAUGUUUAAUAUAGGAACAAGUAGUGAAGAGAGAGAACGAGAGAGAAAGAGACCGACACUUAACUUAACUACUAAGUGUAUAAUAAUUUUUAUAGAAAACUGAAUUAAUGUCAAUAAGUACACGCCUUUGAGAUGAGAACCAACCCUUUUAACGCGGUGUACGUGUUCAACAGUCUCGAAGUAUUAAAAAACUACUUAUUCAGUUCACCGAAAUAGCGAAUCGUCUCUUAAUGUUAUAAAUACAAUGUCCUGAUGGCCAGUAUUUGAUGUAUUCAUUGGCGAGCAUACGUUGUUAACCCAUAUUUUCAGUAAGCUGACGAGCAUGCAAUAUGUCUUUCCUGCGCAGACUGUGUAGACACCCUUUAGCCUCGAAAGAUCCUCACAUCUUUAAGCAUAACAUUUAAACGGAAUGAAUGCGUUAUUUAAUUCUGUAACGAGAGGGGAAAUAGGUUUAUAGUGGGACAAAAAUAGACCAAAUUGUCUUGAGUUGUAAAAAAAAGAAUAAGUUCACAACCGAAUUAGAAACUCAUCCUACCAUGAACAAACUGAAAAUGUUGCUUCUUUAAAGUAUACGGUAGUCUCACUCUCGAAUGCAAACGUUUUUUUUUUUUCUCUUUGCAAUCCACAACUGUAAUAAGGUAUGCUUUGUUUUAUUUAAUGACCAUGCUAGAAGGAUACACUAAUGAUGAUUUUAUUAUCAGUAUGUCUGAACUAUACGAAACUGCCCUGCUAUCUAAAAAGGGUGCGGAUGCGUGCCUUAUUGCCCUCAUGUAUUAUUCACCACGUCUCUAUUAUCUCGCCUAGGUACUUGAAUCCAUGCUUUUUUGCUACUCAUUAUCCUCGGCAGCAGAAAAUAAAAUCAUUUUCAUGUCAAUUUCAACGUCGAAGAAGUUGUCGCUGCACAUCAUUAGAAUCUGCACUUCGUCAUCAUAUAAAUUAAUAUUUCUUGGCUAUUUAUUAUAUGUACAUAUCUAUACUCAAAUUAAUUAAGACAGUUGGUCUUUUCUUCUAUCUUAUAACAUCGCCACCUUAAUGUAAACUUUACUGUUUAUUAAUUUAUUUUCCUGUUAUUUUCAUCUUAUUUCACACACGCCCGCCAUUGCAAUAGGAAUAGUUGUCAUUGUAAUAACUGUACAUUUAUAAAUACUCGACAUCUAGGGCGUGUAUGUGUAUGUGUAUGUGAGUAUGUGCAUGUGUCUGUGUGUGUGUGUGUGUGUGUGUGUGUGUGUGUGUGUG